AUGGAUCCUAAUUUCGAGAAUGACAUGUACUGCAUUUUGCAGUUUACGCGUGAAACUGUUCUUGAUGCGAUAGGCGUGGACGAGCCAAACGAAGGCAUGAGCUCAAAACUCCCUGGUGUCUGGAAAGACUACUUGGAAACUUGGAAACGGCUCGGCCCCGAAAAAGUGACGUUCGUGAUCUGGGACAAAAUUUGGCUUCCUAACCUAAGAAAUAUGUCGAAGGCACCAAAUGAGCUGGGUUCCUAUUGCAAGGAUCGGCGACUACCGAAAGAAGCGAAAAGAGUUCUCCAAAUCAACAACAGCUUGGAGAACAAUGGAGCCCUUUCAGAUGAGCAACUGGAACAACUUUUCGCAAAGGAUGAAAAGAAUCCAGUUCAGCUCAGCAAAAAGAAGUCCAAAAAACCGCCAAGCGCGAUAAGAAAGACGAAAAAGCCUGUUAAAUUGUAA